GUAGGAGGCGCCGGUUGCCCGGAUGUUCCUGUUGCUGCGGCGGCGGCGGCGGCCGUGGUUGGGUCGUAGCCGCGGGGCGCGGAGCGGAUGGGCCCAGCAUGGCUGCCCCGGCGGCCCUGAGGAGAAAUGCCCCCGUUGAAGGAGACACCCUGCCCCCUCAGUUCCCGUGGAUGCUGGGCGGCCGAGGCCGGUUCUCGCAGGCACGCAAGAUGGCAACCUUGAAACGGAGUCACCAGCAAGCCUGGCCGGAGGAGGAGGGGGACCGGGAACACGGCCUCUACAGCUUGCAUCGCAUGUUUGACAUUGUGGGUACCCACCUGACCCACCGCGAUGUCCGAGUGCUGUCUUUCCUUUUCGUGGACGUCAUCGACGACUAUGAAAGGGGCAUGAUCCGCAGUGGGCGGGACUUCCUCCUGGCACUAGAGAGACAGGGCCGCUGUGACGAGACCAACUUCCGCCAGGUGCUACAGCUGUUGAGGAUUAUCACCCGCCAUGAUUUGUUGCCCUAUGUCACUUUGAAGAGGAGGAAGGCUGUGUGUCCAGAUCUUGUAGAUAAGUAUCUUGAAGAGACUUCCAUUCGCUAUGUGACACCGCGGGCCCAUAGCAAUACAGAGCAUGUUCCGGUCCACCAACAAAAAUCUGUGCCUCCCCACCAUCCGCUGGUCUGCUGCUCAUCUUCGGGCCCCCAGAUCUGCACCAAGAGGUCUGGCCGGGGAAGGGCCCUGCUCGGUAACCAGCGGAAAAGGAGGAAGUCGGUGACGCCGGACCCGAAGGACAAACAGACCUGCGAUAUCCGCCUUCGAGUCCGAGCAGAAUAUUGCCAGCACGAGACUGCCCUGGAGGGGAAUGUCUUCUCUAACAAGCAGGACCCCCUCGAGCGUCAGUUUGAACGUUUCAGCCAAGCCAACACGAUCUUGAAAUCCCGGGAUCUGGGCUCCAUCAUCUGUGACAUAAAGUUCUCGGAGCUGACGUACCUUGAUGCCUUCUGGCGCGAUUACAUCAACGGCUCCUUGCUGGAGGCCCUGAAGGGGGUCUUCAUCACAGACUCGCUCAAACAAGCCGUCGGCCACGAGGCCAUCAAACUCCUCGUCAACGUGGACGAAGAGGAUUACGAGGUGGGCCGACAGAAACUCCUGAGGAACUUGAUGCUCCAGACGGCUCCUUGAACCCUGGUGGUGGAUAACUAUUUUUUUUUCCUUCCCCCUCGCCUCGGGCUCUCCUUCGGAUGGAUUUUUUUGCAGAGUUCUUUUCCUUAAAAAAGAAGAAAAAAGAAAAAAAGAGGAAAAAAAUCCCAAAGGAAUGAAACCCGUCAUGUACUGAAUAAGUGUGAGAGCUGUUUCAGUGUGAGGCUAAGUGCUAUGCUUGGUUUUUCUUUUUCCCCCAGUUGGGAACUGAAGAUGGGAAGCCGGGAGAUUCGAGGAGGCCCGUCCCGCGCUCCCGCCUCCGGAAGAGCCCGUUUUCUUGGGCUAGCUGAGCAUCCUCGGCCGCCGAGAGGGGCUCGCGAGGUCUGCGGUUCUCCCUUAUCGCGUCAUCUCUUGUGCUGUCCAACCUCUGUUGUUUUGGUAUUGUCUCCACGAGUCCGGCUGCCCGUUGCCCCCUCCGGAAAAAGCCCGACACGAGGGUGGCGAGGCCCCGAAGGCAGGCCCUUACCUUGUCUCUUCGUAUUAAAGAAGCCGUUCUUGUGAAAGGG